CAGAGUCGGCCAAUGUGGAACCAUCUGAAGAUCGAAGAGCCGCCGACGCCGGGGUCGUCGCGGCACGUACCUGCCGCUCCCUUCCCUCCCCCCCCGCCGCGGGCCCGAUCGGGUCGCGGGAUGCAGACGCAGAGGACCGAGGAGGUGCAGAGGCUGCAGGAGCAGGGCUGCGCGGUGCUGUGCCUGGACUGCCCGGAGAGCAUGCUGUUCGGCAUCGACUACUCGGCCUGGUCGGUGGGCCCGCGCUUCAUGGGGGUGAAGCUGGUGCCUCCAGGGCUCCACUACAUCUACUGCAGCGCGAGCUCCGAGGAGGUGGGGCUGUCCCGCACGGGCUUCUUCCUGUGGAUGCGCCCCCGCGACGUCUCCGUGUUCCGCUGGGACCCCGAGGCCGAGGAGCUGACCAGGCUGGAGAGCCCGGACGAGGAGGCCCGGUACGCGGACGGGGUACGCUGCUUCGACUUCGACGCGCGCCUGGGCCCCUACCCGCUGCAGCUGUCCGAGGAGUGGGCGGAGCUCACGAGGUACGCGACCCUGCAGGUCGUCAGCAAGGUGGAGCCGGUGGCCAAGACGGUGCGCUCCAAGAGGGCCGAGUACGACGACCAUCCACCGCAGGGCGGCGCCUGGGCGGAGGCGGCCCCGGCGCAGGGUGGCCGCGCAGGCGGCGACGCGGACGUCUCGAUGGCCGACGGCCGGGCGGAGGGCGGAGCGCCAGCGGAGGCGCCGAGGGCGGAGGCGCGGAGGCCCCACGGGGAGCAGCUGGAGUCGAACUCCGGCGGCAGCCGCGGGGGCGGCCUGUUUUUUUCGGCCGUGCCCAGGGGUCGCAAGAGGACCGGGAAGAGCCCGGAGGAGACCACGCGCCUGCACAUGGACGGCAGCACCCAGCUGGAGCAGAUGAUCGCUCGCGAGUACGGGGGGGACGAGCUCGGCAUCCUGGGGGAGCUCCAGCUGGCGUAUAUCGCGUUCCUUCUCGGGCAGAACUGCGACGGCUUCGACCAGUGGAGGGCGUUGCUGCAGCUGCUGUGCAGCUGCGAGUCUGCCGUGGCGACCCGCCCCACCCUCUUCGGUGAGCUCUGCCGCGCCUUCUUUGCCCAGCUGAGCCAGGCGCCGUCGGACCUGUUCGGCGUCGACCUCACGAGGGACAACUUCAUGGGCGCCUGCGCGCUGCAGCUUCUGGAGGUGUGCGACACGGACGCGUCACCGCCCAAGCUGCGCAAGCGCUGCGAGAAGCUGCGCGAGCUGGUGCAGCAGAAGUUCGGCAUCUCGACCGAGGAUCUGGCCCUCCUCGGUGAGGACGCCCCCCAGGUGGUGGACGAGGGCGGCCGGGACCUGAUCCAGAUCGGAAGCCCAGAUCUCCGCGAGAUGGACUAGAGCAUCCUGGGCAGGCGUGGUGACCGGCGCACGCGCGCCCGAGGAGCCUCCCCUUGCGCAGGCACUACGGUGCGGGAGCGCUCGUGCGUGGCGCGUGGCCGAAAAGCGCCCGCGUGCCAAGCGAUGCCCAGCACCGCCAAGCAGAGCCGAGCACCCAGCAGGGCCAGGCAGCGCCAGGCAGUGCCAAGCAAGGCAGAUCGAUGCAGGGCAGCGCCAAUUAAUGCCAAGCAGCGCCAAGCAGUGCCAAUGCCAAGCAAUGCCAAGCAAAAGCACUGGCCCCAACGUCGAGUUUCUCAUUUGCCCUGAAUUCUGCCCUAUCCGCCGACGGGAGUGCCAAAGAGGACCGUGGGCACCAACACGAGCUGAUCGUGUAAUGCGGAAUCAGAAGGGGGCG